AUUAAUUGAAAACUAAAAAAUAUUUAAUUAAAAAAGUCAUAAAAAAUUGAGUGUACGUGUUUUGAAAACAAUGUUAACCAUCAAAAGUGCUAAACACUUACUAUAUGUGAACAUUUAUUUUCCUGAAUCAUUAAUGGAUAUAGCUGGGAAUUCACUUAAUAAAUUAAAAGAACCAUUAAGUUGGUCAUGGUCUGUAUCAGAUGUAGUAAAUUGGGUAGAGAAUAAAUUAAAAUUGCCACAAUAUGUGCUUAUAACUAUGCAUAUAAGAAUUUUAUAUGGUAUUCCACCAGACAAAUGUGUGGGUCGAUGUCGACAGUCUAUUCACGACAUUUACGGGCAGUAUUACACCCAUUUAGCUCAAUUGGCUCAAAAAUCGAAUAGUCACAAAUUCUCCAACGCCUGCAUUAGUCUUUAUGAUUUUUCCGAACUUAUCGGCUUAAUAAAUAAGCCCCAAAAAAUGAUUGCAGAAUGUCAUUUCGAUCAAAAUUUGAUUAAAAAGCAAAAGACAUUACUUGCUCGUUUACCAGCAACAGAGUAUUUACGUGGACAGCCAUGUAUACACGAAUCUAGAGCGAUCAUGCAAGUUCAGCUACCCUCCUGCAAGACUGAUUAUAGUGAAUUUAAUGUUAAGUACUCUAAUAUAGUAGAACAUGGUAAUUAA